AUGGCAAAGUACACGCAGGGCACAAUGAUGCUAGGUGCUGACUACUAUGAAACUGAUGUUGAAAUUGCAUCAUUAUUAGCUGAGGGAAGAGUUCUGAUUGGAGUAGGAGAAAAUACAAGAAUCAAGUACAAAUCUAUUCAAUGUUCUCCCCUUUUAUAUCUUUCUAUUGAAAUGCUUUGCAGAUUGUUAUGGUCUUACAUAGUAUUAUGCAGAGACUGCAUCAUUGACAAGAAUGCCAGAAUUGGAAAGAAUGUAUUAUUGCGAACUCAGAGGGUUUACAAGAGGCUGACAGAUCUUCAGAAGGGUUUUUAUCAGGCCUUACAAUCAUGUUGAAAAACUCAACAAUCAAAGGUGGUUCUGUGAUAUGACUAGUAUCCAAAAAAUUUUGGUCCUGUUUGGCAAAUUAAGGCUGGGAUCAUGAAAAUUACUGAGAUUUGAGAACAUUCACAAAUAGCAGAGAG